GAAGAAGAAGAAGAAGAAGAUGACCAGGACGAGGAGGAUGAGGAUGAAAGUGGAGAUUCUGGACUGGAGGAAGAAGCCGGUGCUGGCACCAAUGCUGGAGGUCGGAGAGGAAAACAGAAUGGUCGUGAUCAGAUUCGAAAAUCUGAGUCGGGAGAAGCUAGGCAUCAGGCGAUUGGGCUGAAGAAAGGAGUAGAUCUCGGGAGACGGAAUAAGAAGAUGAGAGGAGAGCAAUUGUGAGUGUGUCGGGAUGUUCAAGGAAGAACUCCCUGUCUGCUCGCUGACUUUUGUGCUUUUGUUUCGCUGUAGAAUGCUACGCUCCAUGAUGGACCCUGAACAGGCUAGACGGUUCGACGCCUUCAGCUCCGUCGUCAUACCAAAAGGACCAAUCACAAAGCUUAACAAAGACCUAUUUGAUCAGAAACUUCAAGGCAAUCUGUCAGCCGUGUUGGCUGGUAUGGCCAAAAUCCUCAUCACCGAAGUCGUCGAACUUGCCAAAGAACUCCAACCUCAUUCUGCUAUGCCUUCUGGUCGUCUCCGACCUUAUCAUCUACGUCUUGCCCGAGAAGAACUUGAGCGACGGGGUGUUCUGAGCGGGACGAGGCGGAAUGGAGGGACGGGUACGGCACUCAGGCCUUACAAACCCUUGUUCAGACGGUGAAGAAUACCAUGGACCACCGCGAUCUUGCUCUGUUGUACUUCCUCUUAUAGCGCUCCACGUUGUAGCUGUUCCCCGAGUUGAUCACAUG